AUGGCUCCCGCGACAACAUCGUCCAUCGAGGACUUUCUGGAGCCUCUCUCGGUGGACCUCGACAAGAUCCAUUCGCUGUCCCAGCGUUUUCUGGUGGCCUUUGAGAAGCUUGCGUCAGAUUCGCAGAACCAGUUUCUGCCUACGCCCAUCUCGGAUGCCAUUCUAAGGCCAGAGGCUGAGAGGAGCCAAGGAUGCCACCUAGCCAUAGACAUAGGCGGCACAAAUUUGAGAGUUGGUUUCGUCGAGCUCGGGACGUCUUCCCCGUCAGACGACACAGCCGGUCAUGCCGUCAAUGGAUCAGACACUCACACCGGAUCGCACAGAUAUGUGAAGCGUCUGCUGGAACGGUCAUGGCCCAUCGACGAGCACCUCAAGAAUGAGAACCCCGACAGCCUCUUCCUUUGGAUUGGCAAGUGCAUCGCCGAGGUGGUCCACGAUGGCUGUAAGACGUUGCGUCUGCCGCUCGACCAGGCCAUGCCGCUGGGUGUGACGUUUAGCUUCCCCAUGGUGCAGCACUCUCUGUCCGAGGCCACACUCAUGUCCAUGGGCAAGGGAUUCGCCAUCUCUGCUGACCUGGAUCUUGGUGACCGCCUCACUGACGGAUAUAACCGUGCAAAACCGCCGGAGCUGCCGCCCAUCCACGUCGAGGCCAUCGCCAACGACUCGGUGUCGACACUUGUCUCGUUCAUCUUCAACUUUGACGAGGCUGUGAACCGACGAGCCUCGAUGGGCCUGAUCCUCGGAACGGGCUGCAACGCCACCAUCCCGCUCAAGGUGAGCCAGCUGCACCCUAGCAAACGCCCGCGAAGCGUUGUGACCCGGCCGGAGGAGCGAGUAGAGGACGUCAAGAUAGCCAUUAACACUGAGUGGAGCAUCAACGGCACGGCGCCUCCGCUGCACGAGGUGGGCUUGGUGAGUGUAUGGGACAAGGUGCUCGACUCGCAGAACGAGCUGCCCGGGUUCCAGCCGCUCGAGUACAUGACGGCGGGGAGGUACUUGGGCGAGCUCGGGCGCAUCAUGCUGGUCGACUACAUGACGAGGCACCUGGGGAUCGCGGCGGAGACGCUGCCCGCGAAGCUGCUACGGCGGCACGGUCUCACAACCACGUUCUUGAGUCACUUCAAGCCGCUCCGGCCGUCGGUCCUGCUCGCCGGCCUGCGGGAGGAAUUCCCCGAGUCAUCGGGCUCGCCGUCAUUCACUUGGACCGAAGAGCUGGCCAGCGCCCUCUACCAGAUCGCCAAGGCCAUAGAAGUCCGCGCAGCCGCCAUAGUAGCGGCCGCGACGUUGGCGCUGCUGACGCUGGCGGGGGAAGUUCCAGCAGAGGGCUCCGAUGUCCUGCAGCAGGAUCACGAACUGGGAGUCGGCUACACGGGCGGAUGCAUCGUGCACUUCCAGGACUACCUCGAGGACUGCCAGGAGUUUCUGGACCAGCUAGUGAGGAAACGGUUCAACGGGCAGAAGGCGGUUCGAGUGGUACUAAGCCCGUGUCACGACGGCGGUGUUACAGGAGCCGGUAUUCUCGUGGCGGCUGCGUCGUCGUCGAGCAAGACGAUAGACAAGUAG